CGAUAUCAUCGAAUCCGUACACGGAAGAUGGCUGCCUCCUUCACUAAUCACUUUGCUAAUAAUCCAUGGAUGUGUUGAACCUUGUCUGUGAGGAUAAUUUUCACUGGAUCCAGGGAGAGUGAUCCUAUUCAUUCUAAGAUGUCAGAUCUACAAGCAAAGUACCAGAAACUGGCCCAAGAGUUUGCAAAAGUGCGUGCUCAAAACCAGGUGCUGAAGAAAGCGGUCAUAGAGGAGCAAGCCAAGCAGAAUGAUGCAAAGGAGCAACUCAAAAUCCGUGAUCAGAAGAUCCGGAAGUUUGAGCAGGAGCUGGACAGCUUGACCUUCCGUAACCAGCAGCUGACCAAGAGGGUCAAUGUCCUGCAAGAUGAAUUGGACAUACAUGAAUCAAAGGGCAAAAAGAGCAAGAAUAAAGACAUGGACAAUGCCACCCAUGUGAAGACAUCGCCCAAUGUAAUAGGAGAGGAACUGAGAGGAAAAAUACAGGAAAACGAAACACUCCACAAACAGCUCUAUGACCUAUCUGAAGAGCACAGGAAGAUAGUGACAGAGCUCAGCAGCAAACUGGCCAAUCUAGAACGUGACAGUAGCCAGCAUCAUAGCGUGAUAGAGGCAUCUGAGAAACAAUACAAGGAGACCCUAGAACGGCUUCAGCAGGAGAGGGCCAGGAUGGAGGUACAGCUCCAGGCAAGGGACAAAGAGGUACGUGAAGCCCUUAGCAAGGCUGAACAGUGUUCAGAGGAGCUGAGGAGAACUAAAGAAGAUCUUGGUAGCAAGUUAUCUUGGGCGACCCGUAUCAUCCAAGAUAAACUACCAUUCAAUGAUGAAGAGUUACCUGAGUUGAGUAGAUUGAAUGUACCAGCACAUGACAAGAAGCACCAGCAUCGGAGUAUGGAACUGAUGAACCAGGCAUCUUCCCUGGUUAAAGAACUUUGUGCCGGACUAUCCAACUUCCACACAUACACAGAGCAAAGAUCAAAGAUAUUUCCCAUUGAUUCUGCAAGUGGUAUGCCUAUCAGCCAAGUUAACCAAAAAUUCUGUAGCCAUCUUCAUGAAAACGCUUCAUACCUAAGACCAUUAGAACAGUCCUUUGCAGCUUUCAACGAAAGUACUCGGGAUGAUGCUCUUACAACAUUGGAAACAGCUACUGGCCUUCAAGACUUUGCUGCUAAGUUCAGUAAAUAUGUUGCUUAUCUACAGAAGCUUUUACCUUAUCAACUUCUAAGCAUCGAAGAAGAAUGCCGUCUAUCUACCUGUUCCCAGACAUUAGAAUCCCGUAAUAUGGAGCUCCACGCCUCGCUACAACGAAUGUCCUCCGUCUUUACCACUGUCGAGAGUUAUGUUAGUCUCCUUGCGUCCGCUAGUACCACAUCCUGUGAGUGUCCUCAGGCAAACUUCAAGACAAUCUUUGAGAAGCUUGCUGAGAGUUUUACCAACCUUUAUGAAGUCAUGAAAGAUUUAUCAAAGAAUUAUAACUUCAAGGUGUCGUUAGAACAUCAGCUACCAAUAGCAUCCCAGAAACUCAAGACUACAGAUGAGUGUGUUGUAUCAUCCCUUAUAUCAUUAGUAACAUGUACAGGAAAGAUCUCUAACUUCAUGAAAACCAAUCUAGAUUUCUUCAAAAGUCCAGUAGGUUUUGGGAACAGUAAAGGUUCUUCUACGGGAGGUCAGAGCACAUCACCUUGUGUGCCAUUACUACGACAGAGAGCAGUAGCUUAUAUGGCUGCAUUGAAUAAGCCUUGCCCCGAAACAGUGCCAUACUCUACGGCCGUCCAGAACCAACGGAUCCUGCUCAGCUCCACAGAGAGCAAGGAGGGUCUCGCCCAGCAGGUGGCCUCCUCCAGCUCCAGGAUAGCCCGGCUGGAGCAGGAGAAGGAGCAUUGGGUCCUGGAGGCUCAGCUCCUGCAGAUCAAAUACGAUAGAGAGAUACAGCAAAAAGAAGAAAAUGGUGAGAAAUCUACUGAAUUGGAGGGAGCCCUCAAAGGCCAGGGAGGACCAACCAUCAGACAGUCACUUUCUCAAGAUAAGAUCCCGCCCUCAACGGCAGCUUCCAAACCAAAUGACAUUGUCCAAGAUACUUCUAUGCUUGGAAGUGCCGAUAAAUUAGCGAUGGAUUUCGGUGGCAGCGACGAAACAUCUCGGGAGAAUAUGAUCAAGAGCCAUUACACAUCUAGACUAUCAGAACUAACUACACAUCAACAGAUUUGCGACAGUAAAGGAGUCAACUUCAGCGCAGAGGUAUGUCAAUACGUUAGUAAUGUGUGAAUGUGUGUGUGUAUA